GCCCAAAUCCAAUGCCGAUGAGGCAGUAACGAAGCGGCCAACUAAAACGACAGCUCGAAAAGCGAAGGAAAAAUUGAGGAAAAAACUGCAAAUUCCCCCAAAAAAAAAAAAGAAAAAAGUCCUCAAUUUUUCUACUCGAUCAAGCUACCAAUCUUCCAGCUCCGUGAUCGUUUGCCAUAAACCCUAUAAUUGGCGAAAUCCAACUGUAAAUCUUCAAUUUUUCUAUUUUGGUUCAUCGCUGAGCUCCAUUUCUAGGUAAAGAAAUCAACUUUGAUUGAAAUCUAGGGUUUCAUUGCUCAUAGAUGAAACCCUAGGUUCGUAUCACGUGUGAGCUUUAAUAUCUUUAAGCUUGGUUUUAUUUUAUUCUUUGUUGAUAGUUAUAGAGUUGAACGUCAGAAAUGAAGGUUUUUGGUAGCUUUUAUAGUGCUAAAAACCCCAAAUUCAAAGGCGCUUUCAAUGGUAUCUGUAGUAUCAUUUUAUUCUUUUUAUUCUACAAUGGAGUAGAUAUCAAUAGAAACUCAUAUUUUGGUCAAAAUUCAAAUCCGGGAGCUCUAUUUAGCGGUGGGCUGAACCACGUGGCUUUAAUUCGUAGGCAAAUUAUUGAAAUUGAUGCUAAUUCAUCCUCUUUAACUAAUGGGACUUAUGAUGAAAAUGAUAUAAGUGUGCAGAAUCCAGCUUUAUGUCGUGGUUUGGUUGAUCACAAGGGUUAUGCUAAUGAAUGUGAGUAUUUGAAAGAGAACCCAGAUUGUUCUUCUGGUGGGUUCUUUGAUUAUAUCAAGUUUUUGUAUUGUGAUUGUGGUAAGUUUAGAUUGUUGGGGUAUGUCAUGUUGGGUAUUUGGCUUGCUGCUUUGUUUUAUUUGUUGGGGAAUACUGCAGCCGACUACUUUUGCUGUUCAUUGGAGAAGUUGUCCUGUCUUUUGAAAUUACCUCCAACUGUGGCUGGUGUUGCCCUCCUUCCACUUGGGAAUGGAGCCCCAGAUGUGUUUGCAAGUAUUGCUGCCUUUGUUGGCAAGGAUGCAGGAGAUGUGGGCCUUAAUAGUGUGUUGGGUGGUGCAGUGUUUGUUACUUGUAUUGUUGCUGGCGCUGUGUCAUUAUGCAUAGCAGAGAAGGACAUUCAGAUUGAUAGGAAAUGUUUCAUUCGGGAUAUUUGUUUCUUCCUCUUUACCCUAAUGUCUUUGUUGAUGAUUUUAGUUAUUGGUAAGGUGAGUGUUGGAGCUGCAAUUGCUUUUGUCUUGAUUUAUGUAGUAUAUGGUAUCUCUGUUGCUGCUGGUGAGAUUUUUAGGAAACAUGCACGGAGGUUGAAACUGGAUGCUAUUACCCCAUUGAUUCCCGUCCGAGGAAAUGUAUUAUAUCAAGGAAGUAAUGAAGAAGAGGGAAAUCUAUAUGGUUCUCUACUAGACAUUGAGACCGAUAGUGAUGUACCACAUCUGCCUCCUUCCUUACCAUCAUGGAUGUGGGCCUCAAAUGUGGCAAUAUAUUCCAACCAUUCAUUGAAACCAAAUAUGUUGGAUGAAGAAAGGCCUCCAUGGGGCUGGAGUGAUGAGGGCGCGGAAGUCAACAGCUCCUCAUUCUCAUGUGCUAAAUUAUUUUCACUGAUUGAGAUGCCAUUGACAGUGCCAAGGCGGUUAACAAUUCCUUUGGUUGAAGAAGAAACAUGGUCAAAGCCAUAUGCUGUAGCCAGUGCUAUAUUGGCUCCUAUUCUCCUGGCAUUUUUGUGGAACAGUGCAUAUGAUGUGGGUCCUAAAAGUAGAAUUGCAGUGUACUUUUUAGGGGUUACAGCUGGUUGCACACUUGGUUUUCUUGCAUACCGGUAUACCUUAACCCACCAUCCACCUCAAAGAUUCCUACUUGCAUGGGUUUUAGGUGGAUUUUUCAUGAGUAUUGUGUGGUUCUACAUGAUAGCUAAUGAGCUUGUUGCUUUGUUGGUGGCAUUUGGCUUGGUUUUGGGGAUUAACCCAUCAAUCCUUGGAUUGACUGUAUUAGCAUGGGGCAACUCAAUGGGUGAUUUAGUGUCAAAUGUUGCUCUGGCAAUGAAUGGUAGUGACAGUGCGCAAAUCGCCUUUUCUGGAUGUUAUGCAGGUCCCAUGUUCAAUACACUUGUUGGCUUGGGUAUCUCAAUGCUCUUAGGAGCCUGCUCGGCAAAUGCUGGUGUAUAUGUUGUUCCACAAGACAGUAGCUUGUUUUACACUAUGGGAUUUCUCAUAUCAGGACUAAUCUGGGCUCUUGUGGUUUUACCUCAAAAUGACAUGCGUCCCAGCAAGACAUUAGGCGUGGGACUUAUAACCUUAUAUCUGAUUUUUCUUUCCAUGAGGGCGACUAUUGCUAUGGGAUAUGUUGGAAGUUGAGCAAUUGGUUUCAGUCACCAUUUGAUGGAUUUGUAAAGCUAGUCUCUCCAAACUGUUGUUCUGCUCUUCCUUUGUAAAAUGGUACUCUGACAAAUGGCUUUAUUGUACUGCUAUUUGUAGGAUUCUUCUUAUUACUUGCUGAUAGAUUUUGAGCGACCUUUCCCUAUAGAGAGGCUUCUACUUGAAGUAAUACAACUAGACACUGCGUGAUAAUUGAAAUAUUAUACCUGAUUUUCA